AUUUGCUACUCUCACUCCCUGCUUCGCACGCGGUGUCACAUGCCCGAACCACGUAACCCGAUCUGAUUCGGGUCGGGUUACGUUCCGCCAUGGACGCGGCGAGCCACGGCGCCAUUGACCGGCGCCAGCCGCUCCUCGUCCAUCAGAUCUCCGUCCUCCUCCUCACCUUCUCCGCCUACGCCGCCUUCCACGCCUCCCGCAAGCCGCCCAGCAUCGUCAAGAGCGUCCUCGGCUCCGAGACGCCCUCCGCCGGCGCUGGUGGCGGAGGAUGGCCGCCCUUCGACGGCCCCAGCGGCACCCGCCGCCUCGGCGAGCUCGAUCUCGCCUUCCUUUCCUCCUACUCCGCCGGAAUGUACCUCGCGGGCCACGUCGCCGAUCGCGUCGACCUCCGCCGCUUCCUCGCCUUCGGGAUGCUCGCCAGCGGCGUUUCCACGGCUGCGUUCGGCGCCGCCUACUGGUGGGGCGUCCACAGCCUGGGGUUCUUCCUCGCUGUCCAAGUCUCCAGCGGGAUCGUCCAGUCCAUCGGCUGGCCCUGCGUCAUCGCCGUCGUCGGCAACUGGUUUGGGAACUCGCCUCGGCGUGGGCUCAUCAUGGGUGUCUGGAACUCCAACACUUCCGUUGGAAACAUCUUGGGAUCGAUCAUCGCCUCCUCGGUGGUCGAAUUCGGGUGGGGUUGGUCCUUCCUUUUGCCGGGGCUCCUCGUCGCCGCCGUGGGUGUCUUAGUUUGGGUGUUCUUGGUCUCCGAUCCAAGAGAUUUAGGGUUCGAAACCACCUCCAAGGAGGUCGAGAUGAAUGAACCCGGCGUUGAAACGACGGAAAGCUCGGACCUUGGAAACGGGGAGGAGAGCGGUCUUCUUGGUUCUGAGCAAACAGACGAAGUGGAUUCGACGACGACGGCAAUUGGAUUCUUAGAGGCGUGGAGAUUGCCUGGCGUGGCGCCGUUUGCAUUCUGCCUCUUCUUCUCCAAGCUUGUCGCAUACACCUUCCUCUAUUGGUUGCCAUUCUACAUCCGCAAUACUGAUGUUGCUGGCAAGCAUGCAUCACAUAAAACUGCAGGAAUCCUUUCAACAAUAUUCGAUGUUGGAGGCGUACUCGGCGGAGUAUCAGCCGGAUUUAUGUCGGAUCGGUUGAAUGCUCGUGCCAGCACUUGUAUCUUUUUCCUUUUUUUCUCCAUCCCGACACUGAUCGCAUACAGAUCAUACGGGAGCAUGUCGAUGCAACUCAACAUCAGCUUAAUGUUUCUGUCUGGAUACUUUGUCAAUGGCCCCUACUCACUGAUAACAACUGCAGUAUCAGCCGAGUUGGGCACGCAGGAAAUGAUCCAAGGUAACUCGAGAGCAUUGGCUACUGUCACGGCGAUUAUCGAUGCUACCGGCUCCGUCGGGGCAGCUUUGGGGCCUUUGCUUACAGGGUAUAUUUCAACAAGAGGCUGGAACAAUGUCUUCCUGAUGCUGAUCUGCUCAACUGCUUUUGCCAUGACCUUUUUGAUACGCCUUGCAAAAGCUGAAGUUAGCAGCAAGAUGAGCUAAAGAACGUCGAGUGGGACUUCUGACUUCGAUAGGUCAAUUAUAGUGAAGUAGGCUAAAGAAAUACAGAGUUCUCCAAUUCUUUGGGCUGAAGAACAAUAUCAAAUUACAAAUAGAAAGAAAAGUACGACUGAAUCAACGGCGCCGUCCAUGUGGUACUCGUGCGCGUUGUCUAAAUAGAUCAAUUCACUCUCUCACUAUGAACCCACGUAACAAUUUCCAAAAAUAUUUUCUUUUAUUUAUCUCUUUUUAUUCUUGUUUUAGUUUAGAUUGUUCUACCGUGCGGAAUACAAAUACAAUGAAUCAUAGCUUCUGUCCUUUUCAAGCUACAAGUAGCCUUCACGUUUCUGCAGAUUGUAUGUAAUUCACCAAUGGCUGGCGCCUGACAGAGUUCAAUGAAUUAUGAAGCCUUCUUUAUCCUCUUU